UCAGUCAACUAAAUCUCCCGGCUUCUCCCGGCACUGGUUACCAAGGCGAGCACGCCGCGUGAACAAAUUCGUUUCCAAACUGGAUCUCCUUUUCUUACACAACAUAUUCACUACAAGUUUGACGUACGUGGCGACUGACUGGACAAAUCUGACCUGAGCUGAGCUCGGAAGACUUUGGAAAUAGACAUACUCCACGUUCUCCUCGUCAUGCCUGGGCUUCUCUCCGUAACCGUCCACGUGUGUGUCCUGAUGUUGGGAACUCGAGUUACCGCGGCGCCCACCAGGUCUCCUCGGGCGGUGACGUACACCUGCCCGCCUGGCCGCGUGUGGGAUCCGUUCAACCAGGACUGUCCCCCGUGCACUCUAUGUUACGAGUAUCCGAACAUGGAAAUGUGCAAGAACAACGCCUGUCCAGGUCCCACCACCCUAACCGUCGGAAAAACACUGCCGUUGCAAGCUACCACAGGUGUUCAUGGAAAGGAAAAAUUAGAAAAAGGUCUGGGCGGAGGCAUUGUGGCCAUCAUAGUCUUGGGGUCUAUCCUGGCUUCUGUUGCCCUUCUCCUUGCAAUCUUAUACAAGAUCAGAGCGAACGGCCGAGAGAGAGCUGAUGAUGAAAACAACACAGAAGAGGAGCUGAAACUGUCCGUACAGGAAGAGCAACAAGGAUCGUCCGAAAGAGUUGUUGCAGAAUAGACUCAUAGUAGUAUUCCCUCACUGAAAAAUGUAAUCGUAACUGUAACUUCUGUAACUGUAAUUUUGGGUCCUCGUAAGGUUGAAGACAAAUAAGAUCAAAGAUGGAUUUUGUUGCAACAACAAAUCAAUAUAUCAAUACAUAACACUGAUAAAAUCAAAUCAAAUCAAAUCAAAUGUUAUUACAAAAAUAUUGUACCGGAUACAAGUAGUGAAUAAAACGACAGCAUUGUCGUACGCGUGUAUUUAUUAUGGCUUCACCACUACGUGUCAGGUGAAACGAUUACAUCAAUAAAUAGAUAUAUAAAGCUGUUAAGUCUUUUCCAACUGGAUAAUUGAAAGUUUAAUGUGUAAACGUUUCAAGUACCAUCCGGUACUCUUCAUCAGUACAAAUGUAGAGGAAAUUUCCUCACAAACACGGAACUGUGUUUUGAGUUUUAUUUAAUAAAACUUCAAUAGUCCAUUUCUACUUCCAUGUUUUGACAAAACAUACAGGGGUGUGUUUUUACAACUUUUUAGUAUUGGGGGUGGCUGCGGAAUGUUUACAGUAGUUGCCACCGUCACGCGAAUGAUGUUUACAUCAAUACAUCCACCUGCAGAAAUAGACACCAGGAUUUGAGGAAGGGUACAAUGCAACCCAUGUGAAGUUUCGAGAAUAUACCAUAUAUCAGUAGCAAUCUUGUUAUGUGUGGCAAAAUUUUUCGUUUUCCU